AUGGGAAAUGUGGCUUAUUCACAAAGUGGAUCUUCGUGUUCUUCUCCUACAUGUAGUGAAGAAAAGGUUCAACAUGUGCAUAAUGAAAUUUUGAGGAAGAAAACCAAAUCAGGUGACAUUCCUAAUAGAAAGUCCUCAAAAUGUAAUGUAGAAAAUAAGAAUGGUUUGGAAUUUUUGAAAACUAAAAAUAGAGCAAAAAGAUGCAAACCAAGCAAAUGUUUGCUACGCAAUUGCACAUUUUCAGUAAAUUAUAAAAUAAACAAUACCUUUUUCCCUCUAAUGUUGGAGUUAAAAAAUGAACCUCAAUGUAAAAUAGUAAUUGUUGAUGAAGGAAAAAGUACUAUUAUGAAACAAAUAUUUAUUAAGGACAUCCAAGCGAUUGAAAGUUCUAUUAACUCAAUAAACAUUUUUCUAAAGAUAAAUGCUGAAUAUACAGCAGGUAACAAAUUCAAUUUAUGCAGUUUUAUAUUGAAAGACAAUGAUGACAAAUCUUCUUUUAUUCAUAAUAUAAAAAUGUUGUACGGAUUAGACGUAUUAGAAUAUGGAGCAGUGAAAUAUAAUAAAAUAAACACACAAGAAAUUGAAGAAAAAUACGUCUAUGAUAAUAACAUUCUGAGUAAAGAAAAUAAGCAUAAUCUCCAAUCCUUACUAGAUGACAUUAAUGACAAUUUAUGUAGAAAUAGUGACUUAUUUGAAAAAGAAAUUAUCAUGGAACAAAAAAAAUUGAAUGCACUGGAAAACACAACUUUACAAUUAGGACAAGUUCAUAAUCCUAUAAUCAUCUUAGGUGAUAUGCAAGAUGGUGAUAUUAUAAAAGUAAAAGAAUUAAAUGCAUUGGAACAAGGCAGUUUUAAAAUAAAAGAGAAUCUAUAUCAUGAUGAUUUUACACUAAUUGAAUGGUUUCUAUCGAAAAAAAUGGGAUCCAAUCGUCAUUUCAAGGAAAAGUCAAUUCAUUGUGGUAAUCAUUUUCAGCUCAAGUCUUACAUGAUAGGUUAUUUUAUCAAAGUAAAAGUUUCAAAAAAUAUGUAUGUUCAUGGAAAAAAAACAUUUGUUACUUCUAUAAGUGUAAAGGGACCAGUGACAAUAAAUGAUAACACUGCAAAACAGGUUCUAAAGCAUUUGUCUAACGUUAACGAAUCUAUAGAAGUGUACCUUUCAUCAUCUGAUAUUUAUAAUAUAUUUUUUUUCCUUGUGAAAUCUAGGAUAAACAAAAUUUUAGGAUUAUUUAUUUUUUACCCCGCUCAUAUUUUUGUAAUGCGAAAGGGUUUGCGAUUCGCUAUUACACUUAAUGGUGAAAGUUAUUCUGUAGAUUAUUUAUGGGACUCUUUCUACUUAACAAAAAAAGAUGUUCUCUUUGAUAAGUCAUCUGAUUUUGUGCCAACAUAUAUGGAUACAUCUGACAUCCAUUUAUAUUUCAUAACACACAGUCUGAAUGGGGAAAAAAUAAAAUCUAUAAUAAGAACCAACUCGAGUGACGAACGGGAUGCUAUAUUUGCAACUGUUUUUUUUUGCAAAUAUCAAAAGGGACCAAUGCCAUUAGACGAAUUCAUGCGCGAUUCCCUGUCUGGAUCGUACAACAACAUCAAAAAAAAAUUUCAAAAUAUUUUCGUACAGUUAAAAGGAGAUAACCUAAAAAAAGUCCAGUUGCUUAACGUGUAUAAAAAUGGUUAA